UGCUUGACUCGAAGAUUGAAACUUUCGAAAGUCUUAAGUUAUCUGAUCGAGUACACCUAGAACGAGGUUAGGGUCCGGGGAAUCUCGGCUCGCCCCGCUCUAAUCCCGGCUGAAACCUCUGGCGGACGAGAAUGAGUCCAGCACAGUCACUCGAGUGUACAGCUAGCCACCGUCCUCAAAACCCUCAGUUGCUUUUCACUUUCUUUUCAUCUUCAUACCCUUUCCCUUCCCUUCAAAAUGCAAGCCUUCUCUCGUCCUCUGGCUCGUAUCGCUCCUAGAAAUCUCAGUCGUGCAGCAGCGCUGUCGACAUGGUCUGCGGUGCCUGCUGGUCCUCCGGACCCCAUUCUUGGUGUGACCGAAGCUUUCAAGGCCGACAAAGACCCUCGCAAGAUCAACCUUGGUGUCGGUGCGUACCGAGACGAGAACGCUACCAACCCUGACAAGGAGUACCUGCCCAUUACCGGUUUACCCGAGUUCACCAAAGCGGCAGUGAAGCUUGCAUACGGUGAAGAUAGUAUACCAUUGCAACACAAUGCUAUCGCUGUGACACAGUCUAUCUCCGGUACUGGUGCUCUCCGCAUUGGUGGUGCUUUCCUCGCUCGCUUCUACCCUAAUACCAAGACGAUAUACCUCCCUAACCCAUCAUGGGGAAACCAUACCCCCAUCUUCCGUGACUCUGGGCUGGAAGUCAAGCAGUACCGCUACUACGACAAAACGACUGUUGGUCUCGACUUCGCUGGUUUGAAGGAGGACCUCAAGAACAUGCCUGAGCAGUCCAUUGUUCUUCUGCAUGCCUGUGCACACAACCCAACCGGCGUUGAUCCCACUCCCGAGCAAUGGAUCGAGAUUUCCGACAUUAUCCAAGAGAAGAAGCUUUUCCCCUUCUUCGAUAUGGCGUAUCAGGGUUUCGCUUCUGGUUCCACUACUCAUGACGCGUUUGCCGUGCGACACUUUGUAAAGGCUGGACACCAAAUCGCCCUGGCUCAAUCAUUCGCCAAGAAUAUGGGUCUCUACGGCGAGCGUGUAGGCGCGUUUUCUCUCACCACUGCCGAUCCUGAGGAGAAGGCCCGUGUGGAAAGUCAGCUGAAGAUUGUCGUACGACCGAUGUACUCCAACCCUCCUUUGCACGGCGCUAGGAUUGCUAGCACAGUCCUCGGUAACCACAAACUUUACAAGGAAUGGCAUGGCGAAGUUGAGAACAUGGCCAACCGUAUCAUCAGCAUGCGUCACCGUCUCCACGAUAAUCUCGUUGCACAGGGCACUCCCGGAGAGUGGAAACACAUCACGAGCCAGAUUGGCAUGUUCAGCUUCACUGGUCUCACUCAGCCUCAGACCAAAGUGCUUGCGGACAAGGCCCACAUUUACAUGACUUCCGAUGGUCGUAUCUCCAUGGCUGGUUUGAACUCUCACAACAUCGAUUAUUUCUCUGAGAGUGUCAGCAAGGCCGUCAAGGGUCUGCUGUAGAUUUGGUUUUCGCUUUCAUCAUCGGAACGGACUGGAAAUAGACAUAGAUGUCCAGAGCUCUAAUCCUAAUACAUUGCGUAGCAUUUAUCCUAAACUUCUGUUCGCAGGUCGAUUGAGGGUAAAUGGGACCCCCGGCAUAUCCCGUGUCUUCACUCUAAAAGGAAGCCUUCGUGCUUCACGGUAUGUGCUGUGUUUGCUUCUCCCCUCUC